UAUGCCAUCAUUAGUUCGCUGAUACAUUAAUUGAAAAUGUGGCUUAAAGUUCCUUCAAUUAUCAGAUUAAGCAAACGAUUUCCGUUGAAUACCAACCUAAUCAAUCGUUACUGCACCUUAUCCGGUGGCGGUGAUGAUCAGCCACCGCUGUACGACGUGGUCGUCGUCGGUGGCGGUCAUGCCGGUACGGAGGCAUGCUCGGCUGCGGCACGGAUGGGAGCUCGCACGUUGUUGAUUACCCACAAACGGGAAACGAUAGGGGAGAUGUCCUGCAAUCCUUCGUUCGGUGGAAUAGGGAAGGGACAUCUGAUGAGGGAGGUCGAUGCACUGGAUGGUGUCUGUGGACGAUGUUGUGACAACAGUGGCGUUCAGUAUAAGGUGCUGAAUAAGCGGAGGGGACCGGCGGUGUGGGGUCCUCGGGCACAGAUUGAUAGGAAGCUGUACAAGGCGGAGGUUCAGAGGGAGUUGGAAUCAGCUCGAAACCUUGAGAUUGUGGAAGCUUCCGUAGAGGAUAUCAUUCUUGAAGGGAGUGGUGAUACAUCCAAGAGCAAAAUUAAAGGAAUCAGUUUGAAGAAUGGAAGUGUUGUUUGGACUAAAUCGUUGGUAAUCACAACGGGCACGUUCCUUCGAGGUCAAAUCAACAUCGGGUUGAAGACGAUACCUGCGGGACGAAUCGGAGAUGAACCUGCAAUUGGACUGGCGAAAAGCCUUGAAGAUUUGGGCUUCCGAAUGUCCCGUCUGAAAACGGGAACUCCACCUCGAAUCAAGGCGUCUUCAAUCGAUUUUAACAUACUGGAACGCCAUCCAGGUGAUAAUCCACCGGUACCGUUUUCGUUUAUGAAUGAUCGCGUGUGGUUGAACAAAGAGGAUCAGCUGGACUGCUUCCUAACGCACACUAGUCAGGAUGUAAACGAAAUAGUCACGCGGAAUUUACACUGCAAUCGCCAUGUUACUGAGGAGUUGACUGGGCCACGGUAUUGUCCCUCGAUCGAAUCGAAAGUUCUUCGAUUCGGUGGAAAGACCCAUCAGAUUUGGUUGGAACCGGAAGGAUUCGAUAGCGAUUUGAUCUACCCGAAUGGGCUAUCCUGUACUCUUCCGGAGGAAGAGCAAGUCAAGUUGGUUCGCUGCUUGCGAGGAUUGGAGAACGCUGAAGUGGUCAGACCAGGCUACGGAGUGGAAUAUGACUUUAUUGAUCCACGGGAACUGUUUCAAACGUUGGAAACCAAACGGGUGGAGGGGAUGUUUUUCGCAGGACAGAUCAACGGAACGACUGGAUAUGAGGAGGCGGGUGCGCAAGGGAUUCUGGCGGGUGUGAACGCCGCUGCAAAGACUCUGAAAAGGAAUCCGCUGACGAUCAGUCGAACGGAGGGGUAUCUUGGAGUGUUGGUGGAUGAUUUGACGACUUUGGGGACAAACGAACCGUAUCGGAUGUUUACCAGUAGAGCUGAAUUUAGACUGAGUUUGCGACCGGAUAAUGCUGAUUUGAGAUUGACGGAGAAAGGAUAUCGGUUGGGGUUGGUUUCAGAGGAGCGGUACCGAAAGAUGGCGUCGAUGAGAGAGCGGAUACAGAAAGGUGUUGAGCUGUUGAGUGAUAUCAAAAAGGGUAGCAAUACGUGGAAGGAGCUUCUGGGUCUACAGCUAGGGAAGGUAAGCAUCCAUAAGAGUGCGUUCGAAAUGUUGGCCAUUACUGUGGAGGAUAUUACGACGGAGAAUUUGUGUGAUUUGGCACCGGAGGUGCUCGGUUGGAUCAAGGAAGAUCGAAUGCUGUGUGAGAGACUGAAGAUUGAGGCUCUGUACAGUCUCUCGAUUCAAGAGCAAGCAAAGGAAGUCGCUGAAGUUCAAAGGCACGAGCUGCUACAGAUCCCUACUUCAAUUGAUUACCUUUCGAGAACUCUCAAUCUUUCCUAUGAGGAACAGGAAAAGCUCGUCCAUAUUCAACCACAAACCAUUGCCGCAGCUAGUCGAAUCCAGGGAAUCACCCCAUCCACGAUUGUCCGCCUGGUGAGAUACGUUAAACAGCAGGAGAUGGCUGCCCAGUGCUGAUCCAAUCGCUAGAAUAUGGAUUCCAAAGAAAUACGCUUCCCCAGUGUUUAACACGGAGUACCGGACAACUUUUUACUCAAACAAAUCGUUUAUUAAUAGUUUAGUUUUAAAUAUAAAUAAAUAGUUGUUUAUAUACACACAUUUCUUAAUCUCUAAACAAAAAAAACAAGAUCAGAAUAAAUUCCUAACUUCAGUUACAAUAAAGAGCGAUAACAAG